AUGCUAGCCUGCGCCGCGGAGCAUUCGACGCACGCUGAAAGAGGGCAGAAAUACAGAACAGCUAUAGAGAGAGAGAGAGACAGAGAGAGAGAGAGAGUGAAAAAGAAAGAGAAAGAGAAAGAGUGGUGCGCGAGAUAGCCAUCAUCGUAGACGCAGCUUGCAGGAAGGACGGUGAAAGUUUCUUUCGGUGAGUACACAAACACUCUCUCUCUCUCUCUCGAUCUUCUUCGGUCAUGGCCGAUCUCUUUUCGGAUUUUCUCUCUCUUUGUUCCUGAUCCCGUAUUUCCUAGUGGUUUUGGGAUCGAUUGUUCAAUGGCCGCUCCACCUGCAAGGGCUCGAGCCGAUUACGAUUACCUCAUAAAGCUCCUCUUGAUCGGCGACAGCGGUGUGGGUAAGAGUUGCCUUCUCUUGCGAUUCUCUGAUGGUUCCUUCACAACCAGUUUUAUCACUACCAUUGGCAUUGAUUUCAAGAUAAGAACCAUUGAGCUUGAUGGCAAACGGAUUAAGCUCCAAAUAUGGGAUACAGCUGGUCAGGAGCGGUUUCGAACAAUCACUACUGCUUACUACCGUGGAGCCAUGGGGAUUUUGCUGGUGUAUGAUGUUACAGACGAAUCAUCUUUCAACAAUAUUAGGAACUGGAUUCGCAACAUUGAGCAGCAUGCUUCUGACAACGUCAACAAGAUACUGGUAGGGAACAAGGCUGACAUGGACGAAAGCAAAAGGGCUGUGCCAACCUCCAAGGGCCAAGCACUUGCAGAUGAAUAUGGCAUUAAAUUCUUCGAAACCAGUGCUAAGACGAAUCUUAACGUAGAGCAAGUUUUCUUCUCUAUAGCAAGGGAUAUUAAGCAAAGGCUGGCUGAUACUGACUCCAAGGCAGAGCCUCAGACGAUCAAAAUCAAUCAACCUGACCCGGCAAGUGGUGCUGGUCAAGUUGCACAAAAAUCAGCUUGCUGCGGUUCUUGAGCAAACAAGAUUUUGCUGGGAGCUAAGCAGAAGAAGAGGAAAGAAAGAAAGAAAAAAAAGGACUAAUCGUAAUGAUGGCUGCUUGUAAUUUUUCUAAAAUAUGAUUCUUUCUAAAACUUGUUUUAGUGUGCGGAAGGAUAGUGUUUCUUAUAUUUCAAAGCUUUUUAUUUUUGUUGCA